CCUUUUUUGAGGGGCUCCAUAUUCCUCUGUAAUUCAUUACAAAACCAUUCAUUCGUUAGAGAUUGAAGGCUAAACAUAGCGAGAGAGAAAGAACCAAAAAAAAAAAAAUGUCAAAGGUAACAAGCUUCUGCACCCUCGUCUUCUUCCUCCUACUGCUGGCGGCGUCGCACGGUGUCUCGCGGCCAGUCCGGACCUAUUCCGAAAUCACUCCCAUGGAGACUAAUCAUGGCGAUGACAAAUGGAAAGUUGAAGGCAAUUGUAAAGGAGAAGGAGAAGAAGAAUGUUUGAUGAGAAGAACAUUGGAGGCUCACCUUGAUUAUAUCUACACACAAAAGGAGAAGCAGUCAUGAUCAGAUUUACAUAUUCUAUUGUUGGUUGGAUGAAAUAAAUAAAUUACUACUCCCUCCGUUUUUUAAAACACUUCCUCUUUCAUUUUUUUUAUUUCCAACAAAACACUUCCACUUUCUAUUAAAAAACCACUUUUACCCUUACUUUUUCAACUUAAGAAACAAAUAAACUUUUUAUUUGCUUUUUGGUUCAUGAUCGAACAUGAUUAUUUGCUUUUUGGUUCAUGUAUAUAAUUACCCAAGCAAUUUGAGAUAUUGCUAGUUUGUGGUUGGAUUUAGAGGUUGGAUCGAAAUAAUAUUGGUAUUACUGU